AUGAGUUGGGAACGGUGGUUGGUGAUCGUGAGUAUAUUGUUUCAGUUGAUUUUAAAGGCUUUUAGGUAGGGUUUUCAUGGUUUUUUUGGGAAAAGUUUUUUUGAGGUUUAAAAACACGGUGAAUAUAAGUUUGUAAAGUUUCUUAAUGCAUUGUAACUCUUGUAUAACGAACAAAUUUAAAAUUUCUGGACGUUAUACAGGAAUUCCACUGUACAAGAGUUUGUUAUAUAGGAGUUUUACUGUAUUUAGUGCUUCAAUUAAAUGCAAAGGGGGCUUAUACGACGUAUUUUACCAUAUAAUUAUUAAAAAUUUGUUAUACAGCAAUAAAAAGUUCUGUGAAAAUAAAUUGAUAGCCACAUAAUUAUACAUUAUUUAAUACCAAACUGGUGACACAUUACGUAAUCUUAAAAGUGCAUUUUUGCUUCAAAAUUUGUUGAAAAUCAUCUUUUCUUUAAUGAAAGCUUAUUUGACUAUGCAAAAAUUAAAAUUUUAGGGUUUUUAGAACGUAAAGUUGCUACAGUAGAACUCCUGUAUAACAUUUUGCCCGGAAAAUUUAAAUUUUUUUGUUAUUUAUUUCGGUAUAGAAGAAUUUGUCAAAUAGGAGUUUCUAAUUGGCUGUGUAGUGUUCGGCUGAAUGUUUAAAAUUUUUUCGUUAUAUUAGGUUGAACCAAAAGUAGCGGGACACUUGUCAUUCAUGUUUCAAUUAAAAGUUGUCCCGCUACCAUUGGUUCAACCUAAUAUAAGGUUUUCGUUAUAGAGGAGUUUGUUUAGUAGUUUUUACAGUACAGUAAAACUCAUGUGUCACCAACUUUUUGUUAACGAAAAACUCAUAAAUAAAGUUACUGUAAUUAAAGUUUACAGUACAGUAAAAUGCAGGUAAAACGAAUUACUCAGAGGUUUUAAGUCUUUUCUUCAUAAAGGAGUUUUUGUAUAGAAGAUUUCGUUAUAAUGGAGUUUCAAAGUAUUAAAAUUGUAAGAAACGUGUUGUAAUGCACAAUAUUAAUAUAGACUUUAACUACUUUUCUUUUUACUUAAAUUUAUUUCUAAAAACUAAAAAAAACUCGGUUUAAGCUGAUUUUUUGAAGUUUCAAUUUUUUUAAAAAUCUUAUUUAAACUAAUUUUUUGAAACUAAAAAUUUUUUUUUUCAGACUCACCCAGCAGUCACAUCCGAGCCUCACCAACCCUCGUUCAGUGACCUCAAGUCGGUCGGAAAUUGUCAUGCCGAAUGUGAUGGCUGCUCAGAACCCAACUCUGCCGUCUCCUGCUUUUCCUGCAAACACUUCACUCAAACCCUGAGGAACAGAGCCGGCUUCAAGUGUGUAUCGAAAUGUGGCGACGGGUUCUUCGCUGAAAAUGACAAAUGCAAAAAGUGUUCGGCCAAUUGCAAGACCUGCUCAACGGCCGAACUAUGCGACUCUUGUCAAGGGUCAUUGUUGUUGAUCGAGACUCAUACCGUCAGGACGGAUCAGAGGCAUUGUGUCAAGGUUUGUCCUAUCGGACUGGUACCGGAUUGUAAGUUGGUUUAAGAUUUUUGAGAGAAGGGGUGAGGGUAGAAUCAUUUUUGUGAAGGAAGAGGUAAGGGCAGAAGCAGGGACAGGUUUUUUUGUAAGGGGAGAGGGUUGGGUAGGGCAGGGGUAUGGAUAGUGUUGAAGAUAAGGGUACGAGUGGGGGCAGAAGUAGUGGUAGACUAUAGAGUGGAGUCCACUCCUAUUUAUCACUCUCUUUCUCCUUCUAGCGACGUAUCUGGGUAGGUGGAGGGGUUUCAAAAUAAAUUUUUGAGUUUGAGCGGUGUAAUUUUGAAAUUUUUUUGGGGAAGGGUAAUUUUGGAAAAAAAAAUUUUUUGGGUUACGGAGGGGGGUGGUGAAGAAAAAUUAAAAAAAUGGAUGAAUUAGGAAUUGAGUGUGGUUUCAAUAAAAAAUUUUUUUGAACGAUCAAAUGGGGGGGGUUAAAUUUGGAGGUUAAAUUGGAAAUCGAUAAUAUAGGUUGAACUAAAAGUCGCGGGAUACUUUUCAUUUAUUUUUCAAUAAAGAAAUGUCCCGCUACUUUUGGUUCAACAUAAUAUAAUAGUAAGUAAGAGGUGUUUUUAGAGGAGGGGAAUUCGGCAACCACCCUUAUUUUUACCCCUACUCCUACUUCUACUUCUCUACACUUAUUCCUACUCUUAUAUUGCUAAUUAUAAUAUGUCUUGAGUGGGAUAACUUUGUAGAAGUAAAUUUCAAGGAACUAGGGCGGGGUGAAUUGAGCGUUAUCUAUGGGAGGUGCAAUUAAAUAAAGGACACGUAUUUACGACGUAUUUUACCAAAUUUUUGUUUUAAUCAAGAAGGUGUAACAUAUUACAUUAGUUGGAGGAAAACAGAAGAAAAUAAGACAUAACCUUUACAUUAUGUUAGGUUAUCAUACCGAUAUCUCGAUGUUAAUCUCAAAAUUGCCUCAAAAUUUUAAAGUUUUGGAAAAAAUAGUGAAGUAAAGUCAAGAUAUAUCAAUUACCAAUAUAAUAAAGAACAACAUUUUAGUCAGUCACGCGGUUCAAGCUCGCUGCAUGAUCAGAGAAGACGUCUGCGCACCUGGAUAUUACCUUGGCAUGAACAACAAGUGUCAACUCUGCGAUAAGGCGUGUGAUACUUGUCAUGGGCCUGGUAAGUUAGCUAACAUUCUAUAAAGUAUCUUUAGUUUUGUAAAAUACGCAAUUCAUGAGUAUGAGCAGGCAAAAGUGUUAUAUUAUAGUAGACCUCUAAUGGCUAUAUGAGUCUAAUAGCAGUAUAUAAGCCAAAAUUCUUUAAAAAAUCUUAGUUUUUGACAUUUCUAAACCUAUAUGAGCUUAUAAUCACUUCUAGGACCCCUCGAAUGCACCACCUGUGCCAAAGGCUACGGUAACGGCACGAUCGGCUACUGUCGUGAGUGUUGUCAAGGUGAAGAUACUCCAGAAUCCACUCAUCAUCAAUGCGAAGACUGUAGGAAGAAACUACCACAAGACGAAUCUGGAGGCUUCUUCAGCACCGUACUCAUCGUGGUCAUACUGAGUGGAUUGGGAUACUGUAUUUAUACUGUAGUCAAAAAGAAUUGUUGUGGCACUGAAGAUAAGUCUGCGGAGUAAGUUGGUAUUGAAUGAUAAGAGUCUUAGCAGUAGAUUUGACUUCUAACCCUAUUGAUAUCCGUACCCCUACCUUAUGCUACUUUAUCCUUCUUUACCAUACAUAAAUUAACUUACUUUAACCUACCUUACCUAUUCUACCCUACCCUACCCUACUCUGCCCUACCAUACCCUACCUUACCCUACCAUACCAUACCCUACACUAUCUUAUCCUACCUUAUCCUGUUCUACCUCACCCUGCCCUGCUCUAUUCUUACUCUACCCUGACCUCUACUUUUAUCCCUACUCCCACUCUGACUUCUACCCCUGCCCCUGGUCUGGCCUUUACCUCAGCCCCUAUCCCUACCCUUACCUUAUACCUACCUUUACUCGUAUUUCUAUCCUUACCUCUACACACUAUGAUAGGCGUACGCCCUUUAAUAUACAUACUAAACUCAAUAUAAUUGUAGGUAUGCCUUGCUCUCGAACACAGACGAACGUUUUGGUGCCGUGGAUUCAGAUGACGAAGUUUGUGUCAACUGCCAGCCAGAUCAAGUCACCUCAUCAAGUCUCUAG